AUGGGGACAUGUUAUUACAAACAUGAUGGUGAACAAAAAUUAGAGACAAAAAGGUUGAUAGGAAAAGUUGCCAUCGUAACCGGUGGAGCUAGAGGAAUAGGAGGUGCAACUGCAACGUUGAUGGCAGAAAACGGGGCACAUGUUAUAAUUGCGGAUGUAUUAGACGAGAUUGGGACUAUUCUUGCCAAGUCUAUUGGAGGCAUUUAUAUACAUUGUGAUGUCUCCAAAGAAUCUGAUGUUGAAUCUGCUGUUCAACUUGCUCUAUCUUGGAAAGGCAAACUUGAUAUCAUUUUCAACAAUGCGGGACUAAUUGAUAGUGGAAGGAGCAUCACAAGUCUUGAAAUGAAAGAAAUGGAAAGCCUAAUCAAUGUAAAUUUGAAGGGAGUAAUACAUGGGAUAAAGCAUGCUGCAAGAGCCAUGAUUUCCACAGGCAACAAAACAGGUUCCAUUAUAUGCUCAUCAAGCUCGGCCGCAAUCAUGGGAGGUCUUGCAUCACACACAUACACAUUAACAAAAGGAGCUAUUCUUGGGAUAUCAAAAAGUGCGGCGUGUGAGUUAGGAGUUCAUGGGAUCCGAGUAAAUUGUGUGUCGCCACAUGGAAUCCCUUCAGAAAUGCUUGUGAAAUCAUAUAGAGAGCAUUUAGGAAAACCGGAUAUGACGAUGGAAGAAGUGAGCAACAUCAUACGUAAUGAAGGAAGUUUAUUACAUGGGAGAUGUGGAAGAUUUGAAGAUGUUGCACACGCUGUGAUAUUUUUAGCUAGUGAUGAAGCCGGAUUUAUAACAGGGCAUAAUUUGGUUAUCGAUGGUGGUUUUACUUCAGCCUCAUUGCAAAUGAGUUUCAUAUACAAAGAUAAAUUAACAUUAACAUGA